CGCCGCAUCGCAGGAAGAGAUCCGUAAAGAAGCUGCGACAGUACCGGAGCAGAAGAUUUGCACACGCAGGAUCUGUUGUGUGAGUUUAUUCAUCGAAACGACAACAGCAGAAGCGGCCGCAUCCGACUAAAUUCUGCUACCGACGGAAAGUUAAACUAGAUUCAGUGUUCCGACCGAAGGCCCUGUUCAGAGUGGCAAGCGAAAAAGAAGUUCGAGGCAGUGCAGAAUUUUGUGAUUUUGUGUUUACAUAAAAGUGUCAAAAUAGUGAGUGAGUGAAGAUUUCCUGCACCCGAGAAGCAAGAAAUAAACCGUUUCAGUGAAGAAAAAAGUACGGAUUUUUCGGCCACCAUCAAUUGCCGAUUCCAGCUGCAGGCAGCAUUUUCUUCCAGGCAAAGGAUUACCGAAAAGGCUUCAAACUGUGGGGCUCAGGAGCAUACUUUUUACAUCCCCAGGGAAUGUAUUUUCCGCAGAUGGUCCAGGGGAUGGGACCGUUUCCGGGAGCCGCCGGCUUUCCGCCGACAAUGACACAGACUGGCCUCGGCACCGAUGGUCUAUCGGUGCAGGUCGUCAAAGGGGCCGGCGCAGCCGGUGGUGGAGGCGGCGGUGGCGGUUUAUCGGCGGCUGUCGCUUUGGCCGAACACCCUCUCAGCAGUCUAAAGCAGCAGCAAGAACUCAGCCAACAUCAGCACCACCAUCACCAUCAGCAGCAACAGCAGCAGCAGCAACAACAACAGCAGCAGCAACAACAACAUCAACAACAACAGCAACAGCAAGCUGUAGCAGCCGCUGCCGCCGCUCAACUAGCCAGCUCACAGUCGCUCAGAAAUACUGUCAGCCAGUACAGCUCCCCAUCAGUAUUAGGCGUACCACCGGGAGGCGUCCCGCCGGCCACAUCACUGGCGGCCGUUUCGUUGGCGUCCCUGUCGUCGGCGGUAACCAGCAGCAGUAACAGCAGCAUCAUCAGUACGGCCAGUGGCAUCACCCGGGACAGCCCGGUUGCCAUCGGUACCAGCGGAUCCGGAACCGGAUCCUCCACGGUCAGUGCCAUCACCAGCGGAGCGGGAAUCUCGAACGGAAUUGAACAGCAGACUGUUAGUAUUACCGAAUUAUUGCAGCAGACGGAACCAGAAACACAAGUCUCAAGUGCCAACAACAGCAACAGCAGUACCACACCGUCGUCGUCGGAAGUCGCCGCUGCCGUGGCCAGUUCGAUAGUCGCCGCCGGAAGCCCCACCAGCAGCAGUAGUAGUCCGGGUGGCGGUGGUGCCAUAAUCGGCGGGAGCAGCAGUGGUGGUCUAACGACCACGGGUUGCAGUACCAUCACGACGACGACCACCGGCACGGCAGCCCUGAAUACGGCCGCCGCCCAGCAGCUGUCAGCGGUCACGGCAGCAGCAGCCGCGGCUGCCGCGGUCGCCGCACAAAGCCAAGCUGCUGCCCAACAGCAGCAGCAGCAGCAAGCGCAAAGUAUGGCCGCCGUGUUGGCCGGAGCCAACGCACUGGCCGAAGCCAAAGGACAGCCCAAGCGGCUACACGUGUCGAACAUACCGUUCCGAUUUCGGGAUCCCGAUCUGAGGUCGAUGUUUGGGCAAUUCGGAACCAUCCUAGAUGUGGAGAUCAUCUUCAACGAGCGAGGCAGCAAGGGAUUCGGUUUUGUAACAUUCGCUAAUAGUAGCGAUGCGGAGCGAGCACGCGAACGUCUUCACGGCACUGUGGUUGAGGGACGCAAGAUUGAGGUCAAUAAUGCAACCGCACGAGUUCAGAGUAAAAAAGUUCCUGCUGUUUCGAGCGUUUUCCUGGCAAAACCUGGCGCUGUAGCGGCUCCUCAUCUGGCAGCGGUUUGCGUACCAUGGCCACCAGAAGGUUACCGCCUGUCGAUGGGAGCCUGGCCGUGGUUAGGAGCAACGGCAGCAACCGUCGGUGCGACCGGGGCUCCGACGGCCCAUCUAGCCGCAGCAGGAGCUCCCACAUCGGCCGCUGCCGCCGCCGCAGUAGCGGCUGCAGCUGCCUCCAAUCCAGCAGCGGCCGCCGCGGCAGCAGCAGCCGCCAAUCAGUUGCCGAAUGCAGCGGCCGCAGCAGCAGCCGCAUCACCUCUGCUAAUAGCCCAGGCUGCCCAGCGGGCUGCGGCCGCCGCCCAGCGGCGAAGUGUGUACUUUGAUCCAUACCUAGCGGCAGCAACAGCGGACCAGAACUAUCGUCUACAGGCGGCCAAACCAGUGACGGAAGUUCAGGCUCAGCCGACUCUCUUGAAUGCGGCGCAGCCGUUACUGAAAACACCGCUGUCCCAGGCUCAGGCCUACAAUGCCGCCACGUACACGGCCGUAGCUGCCAGAGCAGCUUACGGAGCGGCACCGGCAGCACAGCCUGCCGUAGCCGGAUACGCUACGCUUGCAGGAUAUGGACGAGAAUACGCUGAUCCCUAUUUAGGACACGGAAUAGGACCGGUUCCCGGAUAUGGGGCAACCAUGUACCGAGGAACAUACAAUCGAUUUGCGCCAUAUUAG